AUGGCAGACACCGCCGUCAUGUCUCCCUGGCAGGCAAUUCCGAACGUCCGCGACAAUACGCCAUGGCACAAGGACAAAGGCAGGAUGAAGCUCAACUUCUUCCUGAGUAUCAUCUUUGCCGGAAUGUUCCUGAACGGAUAUGAUGGUAACCUCAUCUCCGGUCUUCAAGCUUUCGACUCCUGGCAGGAAGACCUCGACUUCCCCACUGGGGCUCGUCUCGGUCUUCUCAACGCUAUCGGCUAUAUCUCUGGCUUCUUUGUUGGCCCUGUCAUUGUGUACAUCGAUGACAACUUUGGCCGCAAAUGGGGUAUUCGAUUCUACGGAAUCAUGAUCCUUAUCGGGACCGUCAUUGGCUGUAUCGCCGGUAUUCCGGGUGUCAAUGGCUAUGCUGUCUUCCUCGUCGGCCGAGCGGUCCUCGGUCUUGGUCUCGCCGCAUACCUCAUGACAUCCCAGGUAAUGAUCCAGGAGAUCCCGCAUCCUCGAUCUCGGUCGAUCGUAGCCCAGUCAUGGAACUCGUACUAUAUCCUCGGCUCGGUCGUCGCUUCAUGGGUCAACUUCGGUUGCUCCUACUUGACCACCUCUUGGCAAUGGCGCACACCCUACAUCAUCCAGGUCCCUUUCGCCCUCUACCUCCUGGUGGCCGUCCAAUUUGUCCCCGAAACCCCUCGUUUCCUCAUCGGGAAAGGCAGAGACGAAGAGGCCCUUCAAUUCUUCAUCGACUACCACGGGAACGGGGACGCUCAGGACCCGCUUGUGCUGUUCGAGUACGCCGAGGUCAAGGAGGCGAUCCGGCGCGAGAAGGAGGCCAAGGCGGAGAAGUGGUCGACUAUCCUUCGAAGCAGGCCGAACAGGCACAGGCUGGGGUUGGCCAUGCUGAUCACUUUCUGCACCAAUAUGUCUGGAUCUUCGCUCAUCUACUUUUACUACGUCAUCGUGUUCAGCUCAGUCGGUAUCACGGACGCUACAACUCAGACGGGUAUCGCUGCUGGCCUAAGCAUGUUCACCUGGGUCUGCCAGAUCGCUGCUGUCUUUGCCAGUAAGCGAGUCGGCCGCAAGACGAUGCUCCUCUGGGUCUGGCCAUUCAUUCUCAUCUUCCUGUCUUGCCUCUGCGCCACUUCUGGUGUUUAUACCGAAAGUGGCAAUGAGAAUAUGGCUGCGAGUACCGCUUCGAUCGUCUUUGUCUGGCUCUAUCUGGGCACCUUCAACUUGUCGAACCCUGUUCUUUAUUCUUACCCCGCCGAGAUUCAGACGUUCUCGAUGCGGAGUAAGGGUAUGCUCGUCUGGAAUGCCAUCACGCAGAUCGAAUAUGUCUAUGUGGUCUUUGUCGAUGCUAUCGCUCUUGAAGCCAUCGGCUACAGAUACUACGCCGUGUACAUCCCCCUGGUCGUCAUUCAGUGGUUCCUCCUCAAGUUCUUCAUGGUCGAGACCCGCGGUUACACCCUCGAAGAGGUCGCUAUGGCCUUCGACCCCUACACCACCAGCUUCGCUGAUGUGCACCUUAUGAGCGAGGAGCAAGGCGAGACAGCGGCGCAUAAUAGCAAGGCUAGGGAUGUCGAGGACCAGAAGUAG